CGGACCGAAUCUGCAAAAACGAAAAAGGUGGCCCGAUUUUGCAAAAGCCCAAAAUAAGUGGAUUUUUUAUGCAAAUUGGCCAUAGUAUAUUCCUCAAUAAUUUAAAACCGAAUUAAACAAAGAAUACUUAUUAGAGAAAGCAAACAAAAACAUACCUCAAACGCCACAGGACCUUUUCCAAAGUCAGUUUGGAAAAAGGAGGGGUUUUUUUUGGGCGGUUGAAUCCCAUUCCCUCAAUAUCCGCCCCCACGAAGCUUCCUCGAAGCUCACUCCCCCUAAUUCUCUCUCUCUCUCUCUCUCUUUUUCUCAAACCCUAACCCUAACCCUACGCUAUGAAGAUCUCGAUCGCGUCCUUCUUCGGCUCCUCCAAGAAGCACUUCUUCCCGAAGCAGAAGGGGAGCCGAUCCAUCUCCCGCAGUGACACCGCCACCUCCCUCUCCUCCUCCUCCUCCUCCGACGAGUCCUCCUCCUCCUCCUCCGACACCUCCCACCGCCUCCGAUCCACCCCCAAAUCCAUCCUCCCGCCGGCCAAGUCCAACACCCGCUCCGAGCCCGCCGUCUCGCCGCGGGAGCUCGCCGCGGCGCUGCGCCGCCUCGGCCUCGACCCCCCCUCCGAGGAGGAGGUCGCGGCGCUGGCGGCGGCGAUCGGCGCCCCCGGCGGCGAUCUGGGGCUGCUGCUGGGGUUCGGCGAGGCGUCGGCGGCGGCGCCGGCGCCGGCGGCGGAGGAGGAGGAGCUGCGGGGGGCGUUCGCGGUGUUCGACGCCGACGGCGACGGGAUGAUCACGGCGGAGGAGCUCCGCGGCGUGCUCGUCGCGCUCGGCGACGAGGACUGCUCCGUCGAGGAGUGCCGCCGCAUGAUCGGCGGCGCCGACGCCAACGGCGACGGCGUCGUCUGCUUCGACGACUUCCUCCGCCUCAUGGACGCCCGCAGAUAAUAAUAAUAAUAAUAAUAAUAAAUAAAAAUAAUUAAUGGUGGUCGACAACAACGAUCGCCAUAAUAAUAAUAAUAAUAAUAAAUAAAUAAUAGUUGAAGGAAGUGUUUUUUUUUUUUCUUUUCUUUUCUUUUUUUUAAUUGUAAAAUGGAAUAAGCAGAGAGUUGGGAUCGAAAGAGAAUGAAGGAAUCUUAAUAGGGAAGUGGGCGCGAAUUAAUUAAUUUGUUUUUAUUUUCCCCUCAAUAAAAAUGAAAUUUUGUGUUCAUUUUAAGAAUCUUAUGAAUCUAAAAAAAAAACA